CCGCGUGGCGCGCCGUAGCGGUUGCUCUAUUUGCAAGAUGGCGGCGGAUACUGGUGGCUGUGAGGCCCCUGUUAGGCUACGGCUGAUUUUUGACUACCCGCCCCCGGGAACGCCGGCCUGCGGGUUGUGCUGGCUGCUCCUGGAGCCCAGCCAGGUGCGCCUCGUCACCGACCUCAUCAGCCUCAUCCGGGAUAAGUUCGGCUUCAGUCGCCGCGCCAAGCUUAGUCUCUUCCUCGACGGGGCGCUCCUGCCGCCCACCGAGAGCGCGCGGCUAGUGCGGGACAACGACUCCCUGCGGGUUAAAUUGGAGGAGGUUAUCGGAAGAGACAGUUACGAUAAAAUUGCCAAUGGUUUCGGUAACCAGUCAAAAAAGCAAAGAAAACGACACCGGCACAAGUUAGAAGCAAAAGAUUCUGACAGUGAAGAUGAAGAUCAUGGAAAAAGAAAGAAGAGUAAAUGGAACUAUGAGCAUCUUUCUAGUCAGGAAGAGAGUGCUACAAAUAUUCAGGACCUGAAAAUGCUUAAGAAAAGGAGAAAUGUGGUGACUGGAAGAGACUGUAUUGCAGACAAUAGGAGUGAUGAUAGUACUUGUCAUUCCAGGAAGCUUAAAAAAAAGGCUGACAGGGGAAAAGAGCAGGGGGCCAUGAGAGAGAAAAAGAAGAAGAAAGAAAGGACAUUAGAAAUAAAGAACACUUCACAAAAUACCAACAAGACUUUGGGUCCCAGCCAAAACAUUGCAGCAAAAAACACAAUAGCACAGCCCAGCACAAAGAAAAGUGGAACCUCAAGUGAAUCCUCCACUUCAUCAGAUGACAGUGACCACCGUAUGGCAGAUAUAAAACAAAAACUCUCACACGACACUAAGGUGGCAUCACAACACAUAAAUAAAACACAACUGGCUUCUUCUGUGAAAUCUGCUAGUAAACUUGCUGCUAAACAUAGAGGUGGCAAUUCUAAGACAGCAUAUAGUGAAAAGGCCAAGAGCCAAUCCUCUAGUGCAGAUUCUGCUUCUGCUUCAAGGGAACAGGAAGAGCAGCGGAACAGUAACCUGAAAAGUAAAUUACCAUGUAAUAGCCAAGGUCUUGUGAUAGGACCAGCUUCAAGAACUAAACCUGAAACCUCCUCUUCAGAAUCUGAUAGUUCAGAAUCGGAGACUUGUACUAUUAAGAAACCUAAGACAAAUUCUGUAGUCGAGCAGCCCUUAGGAGGGAACGGUGGCAAACAGCUGCCAGCUGCCACUUGUGGACCAGCUGCAAGUCCCAGCGACAGUAGAAGGGGUCGUGGCAGAGGAGAAAACCCCUUUUGGAGAGGGCCUAGAGUUCGUGGAUGUCGUGGGAUGAUCAGAGGCCGGGGAAGAGGAAGGGGAGAAAAUACCAACUUCUUCUAUAGUUACAAUGGUGAGCAGCAAAAACAGCAACAGUUAAACGAAGCAGCAACAAAUACUUCAGUAAUUAUCCAGAAUCCACCAGUGGUGCCAAAGAAGGACUACAGCACACUACCUCUCUUAGCCGCUCCUCCACAAAUAGGAGAGAAAAUUGCCUUUAAGCUUUUGGAGCUAACUGAAAAUUACACUCCUGAAGUAUCUGAUUAUAAGGAAGGAAAAAUUGUCAGUUGGAACCCAGCUAAUAAAGAACUAGAACUUGAAAUGCUUUCUUUUUCAUCAGUAUCAAAAGAGCCAGGAAAAUUUGAUCUGGUUUUCCAGUCUGCAGAUGGAGCUGAAACGAUAGAAUAUGCUGUUUCUCAGGAUAGAAAGAUAACUGAAAGCUGGGAUGCAUUGAUUGAGCCCAGACUAAUAGUUGACCCAGCUAAUAAUGAAUCAAGCACUGAAAAUGGAAAUCCCUAGGCUGUGAAUUUGCUUGUCUGUAAAUAACUUGUGAAGUGCUUUCCUUCCAUUUCUGAAAAUAGUGUAUGCACAUCAAUGUUUUUUUAAUAAAGGAUUUUUAAA